AUGAAAAAUUCUUUCUACGAGCUCUCUGAUAAUCAGACGGAGACGACAUUCAAAAAAACUUCAUUUCUUCAUUCAUAUGAAAUGCCCAACGUUAACAAACUCUACGAAAAUCAUGUUCAAGUAUCAAAUGCCUGCUGUCAACAGAGGCUAGCUACAAGUUACAACGUUCCAACACACUUAACUUUUCAACACAACCAAUCUCGUUCUAACGAUUUUGCUUACACGGAUAAAAAUAUUUCGGCGAUUAAUAACACAAACGAUCUUAACAUCAAUAUAACAAACGAUACUGUUCAUUACAAUAACAAUGUUAAUAUUUUGUCGAGAUCAAAUGAUGGCUUAUGCAAAAACGCUAACUCAAACGAUGCCGUUGUCCGUGUUGGUAAUAUCAACAUCUGCAACAACCAAAUGCAAAAUAUUAAUAACAUCAAGAGCAGCAACAACAACGAGAUCAACUACAAUAAUAACACUUACUCAAAAAAUUGCAAUGGAAACAUCAUGCACGAUUUUACGCCACCUUUCAAUAGUUACAUCCCUCAGAAUGAACAACAUGUUACGAAGUCCGCGUCCCAUCUUCACUUUUCUAAUUUCCAAAAUAAUUAUUUUAUUCCUAAUCAUAAUUCGAAUUCGUUUGAUGCAACUUUCUUCAAAGAAAGUGCUUACCCGUCAAUAGGUAUGUUCUUUGGAUGA